GUCGCUAGGCAGGAGUCAGACAUUGAAGAGGAACGUGCAGGCUUUGUUUAAGUGUACAGGUAUGGCUUCGAGCCCUGUUCUGUCCUGUCUCACUUCCAUUUUCCCCGAUCGCAUACUCCGUGGACCUUCGCAUCGAGCCGGGAACCCUGUGGCUAUCCGAGGAGUCCGAGCGUUGCCACCUUUCUCCUCAGACGGUCGCCCUCUUUCGCCGGUACUUGGGCAUCACUGCAGCACGCCGGCAUGUGGUGCUCCUGAUAGCUUCCGGGGGAUAUUAUCAUGGAGCCCGAACACAUUGCUGGACAGCACGGCAUCAGGCCAUACGGCGUGACCGUCUCCGGGCCAGCAGGCCUGGCAUUCAACUCGCCGGCCCUGAUGUAUCAACACACUUCUGUUGCCCCUCCAUUUCCCGCCUUCCCUUCGCUCGGCGGGGUUGAACGGACUUCACUUCGCCCCAUGAACCAGGCCAGACGUCUGAGGGCUGAAGCCAGCUUCCAGCCGAGGCCUCACCCUACAAACCGCGGCACCAGAGGCAUGGGCUACCAGAGCAAGGUCCGGGUGACAGACAAAUACAAGGUUGUGGGGUUCAUCAGCAGCGGCACCUAUGGCCGGGUGUACAAGGCGCUGGGCCGCCACGGCCAGCCGGGCGAGUUCGCCAUCAAGAAGUUCAAGCCCGACAAGGAGGGCGAGCAGACGUCGUACACGGGCAUCUCGCAGUCGGCGGUGCGGGAGAUGGCUCUGUGCUCCGAGCUCAACCAUCAGAACGUCAUCAGGCUGAUCGAGAUCAUCCUGGAAGACAAGUGCAUCUUCAUGGUGUUCGAGUAUGCCGAGCACGACCUGCUGCAGAUCAUCCAUCACCACACGCAGCAGCCGCGACAUCCCAUCCCGCCCGCCACCAUCAAGAGCAUCAUGUUCCAGCUGCUCAACGGAUGCCAGUACCUACACACCAACUGGGUGCUGCACCGCGAUCUCAAGCCUGCGAACAUCAUGGUGACUUCGAGCGGAGAAGUCAAGAUCGGUGAUCUCGGCCUCGCCCGUCUGUCGUACAAACCGCUCCACAGCCUCUACAGCGGUGACAAGGUCGUCGUGACCAUCUGGUACCGCGCGCCCGAGCUGCUCCUCGGCAGCCGCCACUACACGCCCGCCAUCGACAUGUGGGCCGUCGGGUGCAUCUUUGCCGAGCUGCUCUCACUGAGGCCCAUAUUCAAGGGCGAGGAGGCCAAGAUGGACAGCAAGAAGACGGUCCCGUUCCAGCGCAACCAGAUGCAGAAGAUCGUCGACAUCAUGGGCCUGCCGACCAAGGAGCGCUGGCCGCUGCUAACCAGCACGCCCGAGUACAGCCAGCUCGCCACGCUGCAGCCGCCCAUCAGCCACGGCCACGGCGGCCAUCACCACCACCACCAUCAUCACCACGGCCACCACUACCAGACCCAGCAGCGGCAGCCCGCCUCCGCGGCCGGGGUAAGCCACCUGGAGAAAUGGUACUACAGCACCAUCGGCACGGGCAGCGCCUCAGGACCUGCCACCCCAUCAUCCACCGGCGGCACAACCACAACAACAGCAACAACAACUUCUUCCUCUUCCCCGCUCUCCAGCCUCGGACAAGAAGGCUACAAACUCCUCUCGGGACUGUUGGAGUACGACCCGGAGAAGCGGCUCACGGCCGCGCAGGCGCUGCACCACCCGUUCUUCAGCACGGGCGAUGCCGUCAGCACCAACUGCUUCGAGGGCCUCCGGGCCGAGUAUCCGCACCGCAGGGUCAGCCAGGACGACAACGACAUCCGCACGGGGUCGUUGCCGGGGACGAAGCGCAGCGGGCUGGGGGAUGAUUCGUUGGUUGGCAGGCCUGCGAAGAGGAUGAAGGACGGGUGAUUUUCGUUUUUUUUUCUUUUUUUUUUUCUGUCUCUCAGCACCUGCAGUAGUGCAUUGGGUGCAACGAAGAAACCCAGAACGGCGGGCUCCUUGGUAAUGACUCGUAAGUGUCGCAGAGCGCAACUGGAAAAAUUCCUCA